AUGCUGAACAUCACGGAGCUCCCUUUGCAGUUCCUGCCCUCCAGGACCUCGGACCGUCUCCUGCAGCCUCUGUGGGAUUACCUGCUUUUUCACCACCGGCCUCUCAUAUCGUCUCCGUUUUUUCCCGUUUUUGUGGCCUUUUCCUGCUACUUCCUCUUCAGUAUACCGUUCGCUGUGCUGGACCUCUUGGGAGAAAGGGUUCCGUGGAUCCACCAGUACAAGAUCCAACCAGACAGGAAGCCAACAGUGGAAAUGAUGAUCAGGAGCUUCCGGACAGCUUUGUACAACCACAUCUUCUUUGUUCUUCCAUCUGUGUUACUCAGCGUGUUCAUUCUUCCUGCGCCCGUCAUGCCAAAGGAUGCCCCCGCUGUGUCGGAGGUAUUUAUUGACGGACUGGCCGUGCUGCUUCUCUUCGACACUCAGUAUUACAUCUGGCACUUUGUGCAUCACAAGCAUCAGCAGCUGUACCGCUGGAUCCACGCAGUCCACCACGAAUACAACGCGCCGUUCUCCUGGUCCACUGAGCAGCUCAGCAUCCCCGAGCUGAUGACGGUGGGCUUCUGGAGCAACCAGGACCCUCUCCUUCUCAACGUUCACCCGCUGACCACGUGGUGCGUCAUGGUCUUCAGCAUCUGGAUGUCCGUCGAGGACCACAUCGGCUACGACCUGCCCUGGACCCUGAACCACCUGGUGCCUUUCGGCCUGCUGGGAGGCGCCCCGGCUCACGACAUGCACCACCAGAAGCCGAGCAGCAACUACGCACCGUUCUUCAGCCACUGGGACAGAAUCUUUGGCACGGCCUUGCCUCUGAAGAAAAAGACCGUGAAAAACCAAUGAAAAG